AUAAUGAAUUCGUUUUAGAUAACAGGUCCUAAGAGUUUACAAUAAGGUUAAUAAUGAAUUUGUUUUAGAGACCAAGUCCUAAGAGUUUACAAUGAGGUUAAUAAUGAAAUUGUUACAGAGGACAAUUCAAAAUCCUAAGAUUUUACAAUAAGGUUAAUAAUGAGAUUGUUUUAGAGAGUCAAGCAAGGAUAAGCAAGAAGAUGAGAUGAGCUUGCAAUCGCAGACACAUUCCAAUAACGAGUUAUUAGGUUCGGAGGGAGAACCGGAAUCUGCGAUUGGGAGGGAGAAAGAGUAUGAUCUCAUCUUUUCACCUAAAGAGAAAGUUCACAAGUUUCAACUGACAAAACACAUGAAACACAAUCUGAGCAACAAGAAAAAUUGGGAUUGCAGUCAUAUCAGUAGAGAGAUUAGACUUGGAGUGGAGAAUGCUGGUUGUAGUUCGAUGAAGGGAGGGAGUGUUAGAAUAUUACUUCAUCCGAACAGAUUACGAGAGAGACAACCAAACCUACACUUGAAAGUAUUAAUUCAAGUCGUACGGUGGCGCUACGAGUCUGCGCGUGGCGAGGCCAUCGAGGGCCAUCGAGAGAGAAAACAAGAAUAGAUCUUCGAUGAUCGAGAGCGAACGUCAGGGACAAAAAUUUAAUGUGUCAGUCCCUUCUACCCGGCUGUCUGUCA